UGGGGAGAGGUGAUCAAGACAAACAGAAGUAACUCAAAGAUGAAGACCACAGCGGCUUUGUUCAUUUUGUGCCUCUUCCACUUUCAGGGCAUUAGCUCUGAGACCUCGAAAAUCAAGCCACCUAGUGACCAUGCUGGUGUCACGGCAGGGUGCCAGGACAAUUGUUGCCAAUUUGCCUUCGUCUUAAGAGAGCUGGAGUCCAGACUGAGAGCAACUGAGAAACAACUGGAGGAUCUGAGAGGAGCAGUCCGAGUUCAGCAGGUGGCAUUUGGAGCAUCUAGUGGCAUUUCUGGACAUUUUGGACCUUUUAACACUGAGGUCACACUGAUCUACAAGAAUGUCUACGCAAACACGGGAGCAUACAACCCAACAACAGGUAUUUUCACUGCUCCAGUCAAAGGAGUCUACUACUUCAGCUUCUCUGGCCAUAAUUUGUCAAGUAGACCGAUGGGGCUGCGCCUGAUGAAGAAUGGAGUGCAGAUCAUUACUGUGUACAACCAUCCAGCUGGAAACCGCCACGAGACAGCAACCAAUGGCAUUACCAUACAGCUCGAGAAGGGAGACCAGGUGUACAUGAGACUCCGGGCAAACACCUGGAUUUUUGAUAAUGGCAAUAACCACAGCACCUUCAUUGGCAAUUUGCUAUUCCCUCUGUAAAUGAAAUAAAGCUCAAAUAAGCAAAAAGAAAGAGAAAAAAGGCUUUAUACAAGAGACAAGUAAAGUGGGAUGGUGGUAAUUGUUGUUGCAAGUAUUGUUACAAUAAAAAAUUGGAGACUUGA